AUGGCCGCCAUCACCACCAUGCCUGCCUGCCUGCCUGCCUGCCUGUCCGCCGGCCUUGCGCCAUCUCCCGCUGAGGCUGGCGGACCAAGGCGGUGGAUGAAGAAAGGUUUCUCGGGCAGCCCUUCACUCUCGCUCGCUGUCUGCACCGGUCAGCCAGGGCCAACAAAUUGCACCGUACCUGACUAUCCACCUGCUUGUUUGGUCGUGCACGAGGCCGCCGAGACGAGACGUGGGCCGGCUAUUGUCGCGAGGGCGAGCGAAGGUUUGAAGACGAGGGCGCUGCGAUCGCGAUCGCCAUCGAGAUCGCAGGUGAAGGAGCGCAGGAGCUUCCACAAACUGCUGGGCCAGAAGCCAAGCACACAAGGCCGGUCGGAUAAAAAGGCCCAGCAACCAACGCACAACGCGGGCCAACAGCACGCCGCCGGGGCUAUCCUGGGUCUGCACCCGCUGUCCGUGACCUCCGGCGCGCGCGCGGGUGAUAUGGCGCCUGGUAGCGAGCGGGCUAAGCAGAUGUGCUGCGAGGUGCUGCUGGUGUUGCUGUCGAGUCGUCCUCGUCCUCGUCCUCGUCCUCACCACUCACAGUCAGCCCUUGUACCUAGCGGGGAAAAUGCGCAACGAAUUAAUCACCGCCCCAACGUCCAAACACAUCGACGUCACCCGUUGUCACCAUCCACUCCCGCUCUCUUAUUCCCACCCACCGCCAUCGCCCCCACCGCCAUCGCCCCCACCGCCAUCGCCAUCGCCAUCGCCAUCUCCAACCCAUCCACCUGA